CAUAAACCCAUUCCUCCCCCAAUAUCUCUCCCUCUCUAUCUCUCCCUCUCUAUAAACUCUAAAAAUAUUUUAACAAAAACAAAAACUAAAUCAAAAAAUGAGAUUAUUUUCAGCAAUGUGGUUUGUUUUACUACUUCUCCUACGACCAACAUUUUGUUAUUCAACCAGACAACAAAUGAAGCUAAGAGAAAUGGAUGCAAAGCUUCAAAAUUUCCAAAAGCAACAUUUGCCAGCAUUACUCCAAGACGUGCCGGAAACUAAACAGAAGAGUGGAAGGGUGUUGUAUCCGAUUGGGUAUGGUGCGGACCCAAGUGGAAGAGAAGAGAGCAGCGACGCGAUGUUGAAUGCAUUAGAUGAUGCGUUUAAAAUGGGAAAUGGGUUAGAAAUGGUGGCGGGUGUGAAUGACUUGGGUGGUGUGGUCGUAGAUUUGCAAGGUGGAAACUACAAGAUCAGCAAGCCACUCAGAUUUCCUGCUGAGGGUGGUGGCAACAUUGUCGUAAAAGGAGGAACUUUACGAGCAUCGGAUACAUUUCCUGACGAUAGACAUUUGAUAGAAAUAUGGUCACCAAAUUCAAAACUACUUGACAAAAAAGACUCCACUCAUUCUGAUGGUUUUAGCGACGACAUUAAGGAUCAAAGUGUAGGCAUAUACUACGAAGACAUUACCUUCAGCGACAUCCUUUUCGAUUCAAAGUUCAAAGGCGGAGGACUUCUUAUAAUCGAUUCAGUAAGAAUUCGGAUCCAUAACUGCUUCUUUCUCCAUUUCAAUACAGAAGGAAUUCUAAUCCAAAGAGGCCAUGAAACCUUCAUAUCGAGCUGCUUCUUAGGGCAACAUUCUACAGUUGGUGGAGAUAAAGAUGAGAAAGACUUUUCAGCGACGGCCAUUGAUGUCGCUGGAAAUGACAAUGCGAUUACAGAUGUCGCUAUAUUUUCCGCCGCCAUUGGUGUCGUAUUAAGAGGUCAGGCUAAUAUUUUAACAGGCAUACAUUGCUAUAAUAAAGCAACAUAUUGGGGUGGGAUUGGAAUUUUAGUAAAACAAAAUGCAGCACUAACAAGGAUAGAUAAUUGUUACUUAGAUUAUAACAGUAUAGUAAUGGAAGAUCCAAUUCAAGUUCAUGUCACUAAUGGACUAUUUUUAGGGGAUGGAAAUUUAGUAUUAAAAUCUAUAAAUGGAAAAAUUUCUGGGUUAAAUAUAAUAAAUAAUAUGUUUAAUGGAAACCCUAAGAAUAUGAUUCCUAUGGUAAAAAUUGAAGGGUUGUUUAGUAAUAUUGAUCAAGUGGUGAUUGAUCAUAAUAAUGUAAAUGGUAUGAGCUUGAAAUCAAGUGUUGGAAGAUUAACAAUUGGAGGAAAUAAUAAAAAUGGAAGUAAUAAAUGGGUAGCUGAUUUUUCAUCUGUUUUGGUUUUUCCAAAUAAGAUUAAUCAUUUUCAGUACUCAUUUUAUUAUAUUGGUGGUGACCAUCAAGUUGGUCAUAGAGUGACAAAUGUGUCAAAUAAUGUGGUGGUUGUAGAGAGUGAUAAAGAAGUAAAUGGGAUGGUUUCUGUUGUUGUUGAUCAAUUUAAUUUGAUUGGAGAAGAUAGUAUUUUUAUGUAAACAUUUAUUAAUGUUAUUUUUCUAUUCAACCUA